GUUAUUCCUCGGCAGACCUCACAGACAUUGGACUCGGAGCAGGACCAAGCGGACCAAGAGCCUAAGACAAGAGUUGGAGAUUUGAACAGCAGACAACUAGAGACUUCUUCAGAGUUUUCUUCAGUGGACUUCAAGAGAUUGAGCCACAGAGGACAACCACAACAACCAAACCAAGUUUCUACAAGAUUCUACAGAUCCACAGAAGAGGGAAAGAUCUCCUUGGCCAAGACGACGCCUUCUCCUCCCUUUCUCUCCAAAAAGAAGACAUCUAAAUCACUCAAGCUCAGCUAUUAUAAUCAGAUUUUGAAUUUUAAACAUUUUAUCAUUUUACUUAGUAUCAAUCAGAGAGCUGUCGUUAACGGGUGUGGCUGGGGUGAUAUUUGGCUCUAGGGCCAAUUCAGAGUAAGCAGGGUAGGCGUUCGGAAGAAGACAGUUAGAAGCUAGGCGAAUCUCUUCGACAGCAGCUUAAACAGUCCUCAGUUAUACCUAAUAGGGUAAUACCCACAGGCCUAGAGGAUCGGGCCCUUUAAGACGGAGAGCUGGUCCAGUACCUCCUGAACAGGGGUAACUCGGGAUCUAACAUCAUGCAUUGGGACACCAUUCUUUGGGUUCCUGGGAGAGGACUCACUUCUCACUCACUUGACAAAAGUUCAGCCAAGAUCACAAAUAAACAACCUCACGCAGACGUCAGAAAUUACGUGUCACCUUCCCCGCUCCCUCGGCAGUGCGGGUCCACUGUAAAAGAAAAGGAAGAAGCAUUCAGUCUGGUCAUCACCUUCAUCAUCUCUGCUUCUAAAUAUGUGACCUAACCUGACAACGAUCGAGAGAUUAUCACUGUAGAUCACCGUAGGCGGUCCGCUGUCAACAGAAACUACAGAGAAGAAAGAAUAAGUCAGUCAUGGUCGCUUUAACAUGGCCGCCAUUCGUGGCUUUGUUCGCAUGUUCAUGGAUCGUUGUUCUGUGUCAAGAGACACAGGAGCUGAAGGUGAAGCCUGGAGAGGACGCCAUUCUUCAGUGUCGGGGUCACAGAGGUGCUACCAUAGACCUGAUAAAGUGGAUCAGACCUGACAUGAAGUCAGAUGAUUAUGUCUUCUUCAGAGACGGCAGCUCAAAUGAAAACAACCAGCAUGAAUCUUAUCGUGGUCGAGUGGAGCUGAGAGAUCCAGAGAUGAAGGACGGAGACGCUUCUGUGAUUCUGAAGAACGUCAACAUCAACGACGCUGGAACAUAUGAGUGUCAGAUUAGAGAGAAAAAUGAGAAAGGCAAAGCUGAACUCGUCACCAUCGUCAACAUGACAGUCUCAGAGACACAGGAGCUGAAGGUGAAUCCUGGAGAGGACGCCACUCUUCAGUGUCAGGGUCACAGAGGUGCUGACAUAGAAGUGAUAAAGUGGAUCAGACCUGACGUGAAGUCAGAUGAUUAUGUCUUCUUCUUCAGAGACGGCAGCUCAAAUGAAAACAACCAGCAUGAAUCUUAUCGUGGUCGAGUGGAGCUGAGAGAUCCAGAGAUGAAAGACGGAGACGCUUCUGUGAUUCUGAAGAACGUCAACAUCAACGACGCUGGAACAUAUGAGUGUCAGAUUAGAGAGAAAAAUGAGAAAGGCAAAGCUGAACUCGUCACCAUCGUCAACAUGAGAGUCUCAGGUCACACAGCUGGACACAAGGAGGGAGGAGACAAGGAGGGAGGAGGCAAGGAGAGAAAUGUUGGACUGAGAGUCGGUCUGCCAGUUUGUGUGAUUCUUCUUCUUCUUGGUGUUGGUGGUUUUGUGAUCUUAUAUAACAGACCCAAAGGGAAUCAACAACCUGCUAUAAACAGACAUGAACUGCAGAACCUGCAGAGAGAUUAAGAGACCAGAGACAGCAGAUGAGAAUUAGUGAGGAUCCAGACUGAAGUCACUCUGGUUACUGUGGGGAGCAGUGAUUGGUCGUUACUCUCUGGCUGCUGAUUGGUGGACUGAAUGUGCUGCUGGACAGAAGAAACACAUUCCUCCUGUAAAAUAAACCUGAGCUGUUGACACACGUCUGAUUUCACCUGGAGGCAGGUUAAUGCCAGAUGGGCUGACUGACCAGCAGCUCUGUGGGACAAACAAUAUGACCUGAUGCUGGAACAGCCAGCUGAUUGUUAAUUACAGGAAGUGGUACAGACCGUCAGCACCUCCCCCCACCCCUUCAAGUGGAUCUGUCCAUCCAUGUAAAUACAAUUAAAUGGGUAAAGAACUGAAACACGCUAAACACAGAGAGAAAAAUGAAAAUAAAUUUUUGAUCAACAGUUACUGAUGUCAGUGCCGCUCAACAUCCUGCUAGCUGCAGUUAUAACACUAACAGUCUGUUCUGGAUGACGGAGCUGGACUUUGUUCCCAGUCCGACCCUGAAGAGCUCAGUCCCUGUUGUUCACUCACCGACCUGCAUCAGAGGGGAAAAGAUCCUGUUUGGAUUCACUGCAGCUCUGUUUUCCUGCAUAAGGACAUUUUUCAUCGUCUUCUCUGAGAGCUGCUCAGGAACUCUGACUGUGAAAUGUUCUUAGACAACGAUACAGAUAGUCUGGACUGAAGUGGACUCAUGUUUCUUUGUGGUUUGUGGUGAACUAAUGUCCAACUAUUCUGAUAAUCAUUUUUCAUGUAAAAACAUCUGCUGGCUGUCACAUGUGAAGAUUUGCUGCUUGUUUGUUAAUAAGUUGAGGUUUGGACACAACAAGCAUUGUAAAGGUGUCACUUUGGGCUCUGAGUAACUGUGACAGCAUUUCUCACAAUUUACAGAAUCUUUACAAUCAAUCGAUUAAUGGAGAAAAUAAUCAGAAUGAAAAUAAUCAUCUCAUCAGCUGCAGUCUGAUAGUUUAAAUUGAGCUCCAGCUCAACAACUACAGCAGUAAAAUGCUGAUUUAUAUUAAUUUGUGAGGAAAAAUAAUCUGUUGGUAGAAUAUUUAAUAGUACAACAGUCACAGGGACAUUUUACUGCUGUAAUACUUCAAGUACAUUUUCCUGAUUGUUCUCUUUCUCUUGGACUUUUACUUCAGUAACAUUUUCAAUGCAGGACUUGUAUUUAGUAGUGUGUUAUGGGUACUUUUGCUUUAGUUUCUGUAUACUUGAUCCACAACUGCUUUUCUCAGUCUUUAACAAAAGGAAACUAAUGAUCUUGGUUAUUUCUCCUGUAACCAACUUUCUGAUGCUGAACUGAUCUCUGCUGCAGAGACAUGAGGCUGUGAUGUGUCUGUUUCUGACAGCGUCCACUGUUGGCAGAUAUUUAUGUAUCUUUGACUUUAAACACAAUAUAAAACUAAAGUCAAAAUGUUA